AUGGUUGAAGCUCUAGGUCGAUCUAUUAGAGAUCUUCAGCAAGAUGACCGUUGGGUUGGAGUUAAUGUGGCAACAGGGGUUAAAAAAAUGACUCAUCUCCAGUUUGUUGAUGACACCAUUUUGUUUGGUUCGGCUUGUAGGCGGGAAGCUAGAACUAUUAAAUCAUGCCUUGAUGAUUAUUGUUUGGAUUUUGGGCAAAAAAUCAACUGGCAUAAAUCUGAAGUGUUUUUUGUCAACACCCUGCUUAACCUACAAGUUGUAUUAUCAAGGAUUCUUAAUCUCAGAGUCACUAACUUCCCUAGGAAGUUUCUUGGUACUCCCCUCUUCAUUGGUAGCAACAGAUCUCACUACUGGAAGCAUCUUAUUGAUAAGUGCAAAUCCAAACUUGCAUCUUGGAAAGAUGACAAAGGUAAAUUCCCUUUGAUAGCUUGGAAAAAGAUUUGCCAACCAAAAAAGGCAGGAAGUGCUGGCAUUCGCCAAAUCUUGGUCAUGAAUUUAGCAAUGGGUGCUAAGUUGGUUUGGGAGAUCUAUAGCGGCAGGAAGCAAAAAUGGGUAAGGCUCUUAAAACACAAAUAUCUGGACUCCCUGGAGCCUAAAAGGAUACUGACUAUCAACAAUCCUCCCAAAGGCUUGGCUAUCUGGAAUUUCAUUAUGGACAGCGGGGAAAUCAUCAGUGAUCAGGUUAACUGGGAUGUCAGGAAUGGCAAGCAUGCCUCCUUUUGGUUUGAUUAUUGGUCUGGUGAAGCUGCGCUAUGCCACAACCCCUCUCUACAACCUAUUAUGGUCGAAACUUGUCGCCUUUGGGAGCACAAUAUCUGUGAUUAUGGUUAUUAG